AUGGCUGAGAUAACAGGUUUUAAAGAUAAACAAAUAAUGAUCAAUAAUCAUGUGACUGGUGACUUCUUGCUGGAAGAUACUUAUCAAAGCAAACCUAGAAGUAUAAAACUGCAAACUAUUAUUCAAGAGUUAUUAAUUCUAGAUGAACUAUCAAUCAAUGCACCUUCCAAAAAUUCCAAUAUGGAAGAAAAAGGCUUUAUUGGAAUGAAAAGAAGGGGAAUCAAACAAAUUGGAAGGAACCCUUUACAAUCGGCACAUAUAAAGCUAAAUAGUGAAGUUAAAGAUAAACUUUCAAAAGAUCUCAAUCAGGCUAUGAUACACAAAAGAACUGAUACAGCCUAA